UCAUGGCUGCCUCCGCGAUAACUGCGGCGAAAAAUGUUCUUCGCAAAGAAAUCAAGCAAAGAAUAGCAAGACUGACGUUUGAAGAGAAACAUAGUCAGUCUGCUAUGGUAGUCCAUAAAGUCAUCAACUCCUCAGAGUACAAGAACAGUGAACGUAUCUCAGUUUUCCUGAGCAUGCAUGAUGAGAUCCACACUGAGGGUAUCCUAGAGCACAUAUUCAAAUCUAACAAAAAAGCAUUCAUCCCUCACUACAUUGGUGAUAUGAUGGAGAUGGUGAGGCUACACUCGAUGGAAGACUAUCAACAACUACCCGAAACAUCGUGGAAGAUCAAGCAGCCUCCUGAUGAAGAGAAAAGAGAAGAUGCCCUGGAAACAGGUGGCCUAGAUAUGGUUCUGGUGCCAGGGCUUGCAUUUACCAGACGUGGUCUCAGGCUAGGUCGAGGGAGAGGCUACUAUGACAAGUAUUUAUCACGAUGUGUAGAAGUGACCAAAAAACGACCAGUUCUGAUUGGCCUGUGCUUCUAUGAACAAUUAUGCAGUAGAAUACCUGUGACAGAUGAUGAUUAUGUUCUUGAUAAAGUUUUUUAUGAUGACAAAGAGGAAACUGAGAUGACAGCAAUGUAGUUGCUUCUUAUAUGACUUUUCUAAAUCAUUAGGGAUCAUCUCAAAAGGUGCCUGAUGCCAAAAAGGAAGAAGCAGUUUAGUGUCUCUGCAUAGUUGGUAGAUGGUGCUAGUGGUAUGAUGUGCUCCUGUUGCGAAUAUGAAGUCAGACACCAUAACAUUCAAACUGUCAUGCGUGAUCUAUCCUGAUUGUCCCGUUAGUGAUAGAAAAUGAGACCAUUUUUUGAGAUAUUUGAAUUGUAUUAUAUUGAGAUAUUUGCAAAGUAGUGUUAUACACAUUAUAGAAGUGAUCGAUGAGUGGAAAUCCAGUUCAUGUUACAGUGUUUAAAGUUUUCCUGCUACAUGUAUGUGACACUAAGUUGUCCAUGAGACGGAGAGCACUCAUCAAGAGUGCAAAUAGAGCCAUGAUGCUACAGAUGCAAUGUCCCUACAUGUAUGUCUGCUUCACAAUAUUGCUUUUCUUGAGAUCUAUUAUGCAGCUUGGAAAUUAAUGUACCGGUAAAUGUAAUUGUAAAUCCUGUAAAUAUUAAUAUUUCAAAAUGAGAAUU